AUGGGGGGUAUCACAAUGGGUAUGGGGCGCCACCGCCUCCACCGCCGCCGACUGGACCAGAUGGGAAGAUGGGACCUCCCCCGAGUUAUGACGAGGUUUUUGCGGUGCAGAAGCCAAAGUGGAAUGAUUUCUGCGACUCGUAAUAUCAACUCGGGCGGCCUCAAUGGGCAGCGGAACAGAUUCGGGUUGACGACGCAUACGAUUUGGCUGUUUGGCUGGGUGCUCAUAACGGCUAUUGUGCUCAGCUACGGGUACAUGUGGGUUGCGAGGAAGUUUACGAAGCAGUUCAUCUGGAUUACGGGGAUUCUCAACGUUGUGCUUGGUUUUGCGACGGCCUUGUACAUGCUGUCGAGAAAGUACUACUCUGGCGGGAUCGUUUUUUUGAUCUUUGCCAUUUUUCAGCUGAUCUGCUUUAUCAGCUGGCGGUCCCGGAUUCCGUUCAGCGUGCUGAUGCUGCAGACGGCCAUUGAUGUGGCCAAGAAUUUUGGGCAUGUUUAUCUUGUCAGCGCGAUUGGUGGACUGUUGGCUACGUUGUUUGCGGCGUGGUUUUCGGUGACGCUGGUUAGUGUCUAUGUCAAGUAUCAGCCGGAUCCGAAUAACCCGGCUUGUAGGCAGGGCGCGGGGGGAUGUUCGAGUGGAAAGGUGAUUGGGCUGAUUGCGUUUAUUACUUUUGCGGCGUAUUGGAUUUCGGAGUGGUUGAAGAACACGAUUCAUACUACUAUUGCGGGGGUUUAUGGGUCGUGGUAUUUCAACUCGAGGAACUUUCCAACGGGGGUGACGAGGGGGGCGUUGAAGAGGUGCUUGACGUAUAGCUUUGGGAGUAUCAGCUUGGGGAGCUUGGUGGUGGCUAUUAUCAAUUUCCUGAGGCAGUUGGCGUCUGUGGCGAGGGCUCAGGCGUCAUCGGAUGGGGAUAUUUUGGGGAUGAUAUUGUGGUGUAUUGUGGGGUGUCUUAUUGGGUUGUUGGACUGGGCGGUUCAGUUCUUGAAUCGGUACGCUUUUGCGCACAUUGCGCUUUAUGGGAAGGCGUAUGUGCCGGCGGCGAAGGAUACUUGGAAGAUGAUCAAGGACCGCGGUAUCGACGCCCUCGUCAACGAAUGCCUCAUCGGCCCUGUCCUCGGCAUGGGCGCCAUGUUUGUCGGGUACGCCACCGCGCUGAUGGCCUAUUGCUACAUGGUCUUCACCAACCCCUCGUACAACUCUGGCGGGGGCUUCACGCCGGUGGUGGUUGCGUUUGCCUUCUUGAUCGGGUUGCAGAUCUGCAAUGUGUUCACCACCCCGCUCAGCAGCGGUAUCGACACCAUCUUCGUGGCUAGCGCUUGGGACCCCGAGGUCAUGAUCCGGGAUCAUCCGGAUUUGUAUCACAGGAUGGUGGCGGUUUACCCUGAGGUACAGCAGGCUAUUCACGCUUGA